CUUUCGAGUGGGGGAGGUAUUAGACAAUCGUUGAAAAAGGCUCGCUCUUCGAAUCUCGCUGCAUAUCAGCGCCGAUAUUUCGAAGAGAACGAUCUACUCUUGGUUAUACUUUCUUUCGACACAUCAGGACAUUCUCAAUAUCACACAAUGCGUUUCCUUUUGUUAAUCACUGCUGUCGUUUGGCACGUGUCAAGUUCAGACGCAAUGGCGGUCCAACCGAACCAGUCGGAGGCUCUUCGAGCAGUCACGCAAAGUGCAAACACUUUUUCGCCGAACUUUUUCAAGAAAGUCGCUGAGGAAAAGAAAGGCAAUCUCAUUUGCUCACCAUUGAGUGCUUCGAUGGUUCUGUCAAUGGUGGCGUACGGUGCGCGUGGAAAUACCGAAAAACAAAUGCGGUCGGUUCUCGCCCUCCCGGAAAAGGACGAAGUCGCGAAGAGCGGAUUCCAGGCUUUCAUUGACAGUUUUAAAAACUACAAACAGGUCGAAUUGCGUUUAGCGAACAAGAUAUUCCUCGCCGAAGGAUUCACGCCCAAGGCCGAAUACAACGAGAUGACUAAAACGGGCUUCCGCUCGGAAGCGCAGAAAGUGAAUUUCGGUAAAGCAGCCGAGGCCAGCAAGACCAUCAACGACUGGUGCGAGGCUCAGACGAACAAUCGAAUCAAGGAUCUCAUCUCGCCUAAUGAUCUCGACCCGAUGACCGCUAUGGUUCUCGUCAACGCCGUGUACUUCAAGGGCAACUGGGCUGAAAAGUUCGACGUUGCAAACACAAAACCUCGUCCUUUCAACGUUGACGCGACGACGAAAAAAGACGUGCCGACUAUGUUCAGAUCUGGUUCCUACAAUUACGGUGUUCUCGAAGAUGUCAAGGCCAAAUUCGUCGAAAUUCCAUACAAGAGCGAGGGAGCAAACGACGCGAUGAGCAUGUUCGUCGUUCUGCCCGACGCGGUCGAUGGCCUGGCCGAAUUGGAGAAAAACAUUGAAAAGGUCACCGUAGAAAAGCUUCUGAGCGGUAGCCGACGCGAUGUCAAUCUUUACUUGCCGAAAUUCAAAAUCGAGAGCGAAAUUCCGCUCAAUUCGGUUCUCCAGAAAAUGGGAAUGACCGACAUGUUUACCGACAGUGCUAAUUUCUCCGGCAUUUCCGAUGCAUCUCUCGCGGUGAGCAAAGUUCUCCAAAAGGCGUUCAUCGAAGUCAACGAAGAGGGUAGCGAAGCCGCUGCAGCGACCGGCGUGCAAGUUAUGCUGCUUAGUAUUCGUCCCACUUUACCUUCCAUCGACUUCAACGUUGACAGGCCGGCCCACUUCAUUAUAGCAACUCGUUCACAAGAUCAGCAUACCAUACUCUUCAGGGGAUCUAUUCGCGAACUGCCCGUCAAUUAAAUUCACAUAAAAUGAUACAACUUUUUUAAACCACGACACGUCUUAUGACAAAUUUUCAAGAAAACAGUGAGCCAUUUUCAUGUUCAUUUUACAUUUAUAAAUUCAAGCUGAAAACUUGACAGAUUUCGUAUUGAACAAAACAGUGAAAUAUUCUUUUAUAGCUAUUUUUUAAAAUCUUAUCAUUCUCGAUCCCGAAAUGAUCGGUCGUCGACUAUAGGAAUAGACCUUCUUUCGAGGUAUUUUGAGUCGAUGAACUUUAGCAUUUACCUUCGUUUUGGUACGUUUACUAUAUUAGCACUAGUUUUAUAUUGCAACACAUUGAAAAAUUAUUCGUUCUUUUCAGUAUUUCAUAAAUCUUAUUUCCUUUUCUCACAUCGAGCUUUGAUACUUUUACUAAAAAAAAGCUUUCUCUUGUCGAAUUUCGUAAACGUUUCUCAAUAAUCGUCACUCUCGCACGGUUUAGUCAUAAUUAAUGUGAUGUACUCGAAAAUACCAAGCCAUAAUAUUUGCUGGCUACAAAUAAAUGGAUAUUGACACGUA